GGGUGAUAGAGGGAGACUCCAUCUCAAAACAAAGAAAGAAAGAAAAAAAAAACAAACCAUCCAGUCUAGUAAUCUUUCUUGGGGAAAUGAUUCUUGAAGAAGGACUUCUUGCCCACUCUACUCCCCGCUAGCUGUCUCCAAGGUGAAGGGCUGGGGAUUCUGGGACUCUGGCCUGGGACAUGACCUUUGCUUGCUGUGUCCACAGGCAUCCCCUGUGAGGGCGGACUGCGGUGCCUCUGCUGGAAGAUUCUCUUGAACUACCUUCCCUUGGAGAGAGCCUCAUGGACCUCCAUCCUGGCCAAACAGAGGGAGCUGUAUGCCCAGUUCCUGAGGGAAAUGAUCAUCCAGCCUGGCAUUGCCAAGGCCAACAUGGGUGUGUCCAGGGAGGAUGUGACUUUUGAGGACCAUCCACUCAACCCCAACCCUGACAGCCGGUGGAACACAUACUUCAAGGACAACGAGGUGCUGCUGCAGAUCGACAAAGAUGUCCGGAGGUUGUGCCCAGACAUUUCCUUCUUCCAGAGGGCCACUGAGUACCCUUGCCUCCUCAUCCUGGACCCCCAGAAUGAGUUUGAAACCCUUCGUAAGAGAGUGGAACAGACUACACUGAAAUCUCAGACAGUGGCCCGGAACCGGAGUGGGGUCACAAAUAUGAGCUCCCCACAAAGGAACUCUGCGCCAUCAUCCCUAAAUGAGUAUGAAGUGCUGCCCAAUGGUUGUGAGGCCCACUGGGAGGUGGUGGAGCGGAUCCUGUUCAUCUAUGCCAAGCUCAACCCUGGCAUCGCUUACGUGCAAGGCAUGAAUGAAAUCGUGGGGCCCCUCUACUACACCUUUGCCACCGACCCCAACAGUGAAUGGAAAGAGCACGCCGAGGCAGACACCUUUUUCUGCUUCACCAACCUCAUGGCCGAGAUCCGGGACAACUUCAUCAAGAGCCUAGAUGACUCGCAGUGUGGCAUCACCUACAAGAUGGAGAAGGUUUACUCCACCUUGAAAGAUAAGGACGUGGAGCUCUACCUGAAACUGCAAGAGCAGAACAUCAAGCCCCAGUUCUUCGCCUUCCGCUGGCUGACACUGCUGCUGUCCCAGGAGUUCUUGCUGCCUGAUGUCAUCCGCAUCUGGGACUCCCUCUUCGCCGAUGACAACCGCUUUGACUUCCUCCUCCUCGUCUGCUGCGCCAUGCUCAUGCUGAUCCGGGAGCAGUUGCUGGAAGGGGACUUCACUGUGAACAUGCGGCUGCUGCAGGUAAUGGGAGUUGGGGGCAGGCCCAGCCACUGCCAUGAGGCCGGCACUUGCCAGGCACCCGCCCACACCAGCCACUGCAACAGACUGGGCAGGGGCAGUGGAGCGUAGUAGGGAUUAGAGUCCAGAGCCCUGAGGCAGAUCUGGUUUGGAUCUGGGUUUGAAUCCUGGUUCUGCCAUUGACCUGGAAUGUUGGGUGGCCUUGAGCAAGUGACCUGGCCUUCAAACCGUGUAUUCUACAUAGGUGUUCACACCCGGGACACUGCAGGUGCCCAGAAUGUGGCUGCGCUUGCUGGUGGCCAUGGAAGGAGGUUGGGGUG